GGCACGGCCUGAUCAAGUUCCACCGUCAUAUGUCCUAAACAGGUUCCCAGAAAUUGCGUGCCCUCACAACGACAUGGCACGGAUUGGUGCCAUGACCACCACUGAAAGAGAGGCGAAAUCUGUGAUCUCAGAUGUCUUGAGUGCGGUAUUUCACCAGAUAGAGCUUGCGCGCCUGCAAAAAAUGAUAACGUGGGAAAAUUGCAUGCCUGUUUAUCACGUAAUGACUGUAAAUUUCGAGUCGUCCAUUGCAUUGAGACUUGUCCGUUGUAACCUGGAGGAGGAGAUGACGCCAGCUGAGAGGGAACUAUACUCCUCCAAAGUGGCGUGCACGCAGCAAGGUGCCGAGUGCAUUGCUGUGGACACAGUGCUUCAGGCAGGCUCGAAAAGGUGGUUCAGCGAACGUGAAGUCAGGCUGUCGAGCUCCAUCGCCCACAGAGUCGUCGCUCGAAGGCGGCCAUUCGACACCCUUGCCCAAAAGCUACUUCACCGAAAGCCAUUCACUGGAAAGGCUGUGACGUAUGGACGAAAGACAGAAGCUGAAGCCAGAGAAGUAUUUGAGAAGAAGGUUGGUGCGUCCGUUACACAGGUUGGCUUGAUAGUGCACUUGAGGCAGCCAUGGCUGUGUGCCAGCCCCGACGGAUUCUUCAAGACCAGCGACGAGACGACACUACUGGAAAUUAAGUGUCCCUAUUCAAGGAAAAACAAGGUUCUUAUCGAUGUGAGCAAGGAAGAAAGCUUUGUCAAGUACAUAGUAUAUGAAGAGGGGCGUCUGAUGCUGAAGAAGCGCCACACAUACUACACGCAGGUGCAAAUUGCGAUGUAUGUGACAAACACUACCCAAUGCUUCUUUUACGUGUACUCGUCGAAGCAGGAUGUCAUCAUACUUGUCGAGCGGGAUGAAGGCUUUCUCUCAGAGGCUGUCCCCAGGCUCGAGCUUUUCUAUUUUAGAUAUUACUUGAAGGAGCUCCUUCAGUCCUAG